AUAGGAUUUCGAAGAUACUAUUAUAAAUAAGGAUUUUUUGAAAAAUAAAAUUGAAAUAGAAUAAAACUCGAAUACAUUUAAUAAUAUUAAGUAAAUACAAAUGGAUGAAGAAACAAUGAAAUUAGAAUAAGUAAAUUUAAAAUAACCAUUAAAAAAGGAAGAAUUAAGUAAACUUUUGACUGAAAAAGACAAGGCAAAAUUAAAUUUAUAGAAAAUAACUUAAUACUAAAAUUAAAUAUAGACUUUAAAAAUUUCAUAAAUAAGUCAAAAACCAAAAUUUAAUGAAGAAACGUAAAAAAUAAUAGAUUAAAUAAAAAAUAAAUUCCAAAAAAAUAACAAUUAAACUCCUACAGAAGCUGAAGUAAAUACCCAAAAAAUAUUUAACAAUCCUGUAUCUCUUAAAUAAAGAUAUGAAUAUUUACUUAAAGAAUAACAAGAAUUUCCUUUACCAAAUUCAUAUUAAGAAUUGAUAGAUACUUUUAAUAAAAUCGAACAAUGCAUAGAUUUAUUCAAAUAAAGAAACAAGCCUUUAUUUUUAUAAAACAUAAAAAACAAUAUGGAGAAGGUAAUGAGAACUAAUUUAACGAUUUAGUAAAUUUAAUAAAUAAUAUAUUUAUAUCCAUAGGCUUAUAAAUUGAAUUGGAGCAAAAACGAAUUUUUGAGAAUUAACUAAGAUUUAUAUUUUGAUAUGAAUUAGGAAGAAAAAGGAAAAUCUAUACAGGAAAGGGUUUAGCAUUUUAAAAAUGUUAUUUUGGAAAAAGUUAAAUAAUUACAUGAUGAAUUUCUAAAAAAUAAUGGACUAAUUGAGUUAAAAGAAGAUUUAGAAUAAAGUUUUUAAUGGCAUAAAGAUUUUAAAUUGGAAAAUUUACCUUAGAUUGAAUUAGGUAGCUUGCCUGUUUAGAGAAGGUUCGAAGAAAAACAAGGGGAUGAAGAUUAUAAAAGAGAAAAUGAUAUUGCUUAUUAGAUAAUAAAAAAAGAAUUAUUGAUGCUUAAAAUGAAGAAAAGAAAAAACUAGAAUUAAUUUAGUUAAGUAAAAAUAUAUGUACCACAGAUAAUAAUACGGGACUGAGUGAUAGAAUAUAUAAACUUAUUAAAGCAAAAGAAAUUUUGAUAAAUAAAGAAAGAGAAUAAACUACUUAGGAUUUUGUUUAAAAAAAUCCGAUGUUAGAUUAAAUUCCUACUAUUAAAAAGGUUGUGGAAAUUAUUUAACUUUAUUAUGUUUAAAAAAAAGUUAGUAAUAUUUUCUAUGCUAAUAUAGUAGAUCAUGUUUUGAGUAUUUAAAAUCUUAUAUUAAGUAAAAAGAUGUUAUUGAGAUUAUUGAUUUUUUGACAUAAGAGUGUAAAGAUUGGAUGAGUAUUAUUGAUAAUAAACAAGGGUAAAUUAUUAGAAUUAAUAAAAGUAUUUCUAUAGGGCAAGUUUAUGCGAUGUUUG